CUGAGUAGGAGGGUGAGCCACUUAAGACAAUACAUUUAGCUUUGUGGAAGCGAAGAGUGCUCUUCUUCUCUGGAGAGGACUGGAAAAGUAUGUUUUUGCGCAUACUGCCACCCUCCAGGAGUUUCGAGGAAGAGUUGGUGAGGCUGGUAGGAGAGCCAUUUCCCAGAGGAGAAGAUGCGGAUCAUGACUGUGGUCUCUCAGAGGCCCUUCACCGGCCCUUCGGUCUCGACUCUGCCGCACUGACCGAGGCUGUGCGCUGGAGCUCCAAGGAGAACCUGCUGGGUGCCAGCGAGAGUGACCCCAACCUUUUUGUGGCACUUUAUGACUUUGUCGCCAGCGGUGAUAACACACUCAGCAUCAUGAAAGGGGAGAGGUUGCGGGUGCUGGGUUACAACCAGAACGGCGAGUGGAGCGAGGUGCGCUCCAAGAACGGCCAGGGCUGGGUGCCCAGCAACUACAUCACUCCAGUGAAUAGUAUGGAGAAACAUAGCUGGUACCAUGGGCCUGUGUCACGCAGUGCUGCCGAGUAUCUGCUCAGUAGCUUGAUCAACGGAAGCUUCCUGGUGCGGGAGAGCGAGAGCAGCCCUGGUCAACUGUCCAUCUCACUGCGCUAUGAAGGUCGCGUGUACCAUUACCGCAUCAACACGGCCUCUGACGGCAAGGUGUACGUGACUGCGGAGAGCCGCUUCAGCACCCUAGCUGAGCUGGUGCACCACCACUCCACGGUGGCGGACGGCCUGGUGACAACACUGCACUACCCUGCCCCCAAGUGCAACAAGCCCACCGUCUAUGGGGUCUCACCCAUCCACGACAAAUGGGAAAUGGAGCGCACUGACAUCACCAUGAAGCACAAGCUGGGUGGCGGCCAGUACGGCGAGGUCUACGUGGGUGUCUGGAAGAAGUACAACCUCACAGUUGCAGUAAAGACACUGAAGGAGGACACCAUGGAGGUGGAGGAGUUUCUUAAAGAAGCCUCUGUGAUGAAGGAAGUGAAACACCCCAACCUGGUUCAGCUGCUAGGUGUGUGCACCCUGGAGCCGCCCUUCUACAUUGUGACGGAGUACAUGCCCCACGGGAACUUGCUGGACUACCUGCGUGAGUGCGACCGCCAGGAGGUGAAUGCUGUGGUCCUCCUCUACAUGGCCACGCAGAUCUCUUCCGCUAUGGAGUACCUGGAGAAAAAGAACUUCAUCCACAGGGACUUGGCAGCGAGAAACUGCCUGGUAGGUGAGAACCACGUGGUGAAGGUGGCUGACUUUGGCCUGAGCCGACUCAUGACAGGGGACACCUACACAGCCCACGCCGGUGCGAAGUUCCCCAUCAAAUGGACUGCCCCGGAAAGCCUGGCUUACAACACCUUCUCCAUCAAGUCCGACGUGUGGGCAUUUGGCGUCCUGCUGUGGGAGAUUGCCACCUAUGGCAUGUCCCCGUACCCGGGCAUCGACCUGUCUCAGGUUUAUGACCUGCUGGAGAAGGGCUACCGGAUGGAGCAGCCGGAGGGGUGUCCCCCCAAAGUGUAUGAACUGAUGAGAGCCUGCUGGCAGUGGAGUUCACUGGAUAGACCCUCGUUUGCCGAGAUCCACCAAGCCUUUGAGACCAUGUUCCACGACUCCAGCAUCUCUGAAGAGGUGGCAGAGGAGCUGUGUAAAACAGCCACCUGCCCCCAAGUGGCCGCGGGGCUUUUUGACGCCGAGCUGCCCUCCAACUCGUGGGCCCUGAAGAAGCAGGUGGAGAACAAGGAGAACAUCGAGGGUGGACUGGAUGGCAAACCCAGCUCUUCCUGCCCGCCAGGGUUGAUGAGCGGUCGGCCAGCAGGAGACUCUCUGGUUGGUUCCCCCGCGUUGCCUCGGAGGCAGAGGGACAAAUCUCCCGGCAGGCUUCUGGUGGACGCGCAGGAGACGAGCUUCACACGGGACCGCAAGGCUGGCUUCUUCAGCUCCUUCAUUAAAAAGAAGUCUGCAUCAUCUCCCUCCUCUUCCUCUUCUCAGCCGCAGCAGAUCGUGCCCACCCCGCCGAAGAGGAGCAACUCCUUCCGAGAGAUGGAGAACCAACCGCACAAAAGAUACGAACCUGCGGCCGACUGUGGCGCCUCGCCUCCUGCGGUGCCGAUCUCCGAUGGCCUGAGCUUCUCCCCAUCACACAGAGAUGGUGGCCAUGCCCAGUCACGCUGCUGUGGAGCAACUUUUGUCCAGAGGACCCCUUCCAGCUCUGCUGGAGCAGCCUCGGCCCAUACAGGCGGCGGCGGCAGCAGCAGCUGGACCGGCUUGGCGGGCUUCUUCACCCCCCGUCUCAUCAAAAAGACGCUGGGGCUGCGGACAGGGAAACCCCCUGGGACAGAGGAUGAGGGUGGGGGAAGCAAGCCCUUCCCCCGGUCCAACUCCACAUCAUCCAUGGCCGCCGGCCUGCCCGACCUUGAGCGUAUGGCACUGACCCUGCCCAGGAACCGCAGUAAUCACAAGCCCCCGCUGGAGCGGACUGCCUCCACCACGUCCCAGCCAGAAAGCAGGAUGGAUGAGGGCAUCACGCAGAUACGCGACUGGCCCAAAGCUAAGUUGCUACCCCGUGGCAUAAGUGGAAGUAGCACCGUGGCGACAGCACAAAGGGUACCCGGGGUUGGGGGUGAGGUCAAUUCCGACUCUCACUCGUGGGUAAGGGAUGGCCAGGAGGCAGUAGCGCAGGAGAGACAGGUGUUGUCUGCCACCUCUAAGUCGUCAGGCCCCACAGCUGCCCCUCACAACCACAAAGUGCCGGUGCUGAUCUCACCCACGCUGAAGCAAAGCCCUGCGGACGUGCACCUGGUGGCUGUCGAUUCGCAGGGCAACCGCUUCAAGCUUCUGUCGGAACAGGCGGACCGAGAUCGGCCCCGGCUGGUCAAACCCAAGUGCGCUCCUCCGCCGCCGCCCAGCCUGCGCCUCCUUCAGCACCCGUUCUCCCGAAACAGCGAUGACGCCAUGGUGGAGCAGAGCGGCGCAGGCGCAGAUGACGGCGGUGACGGCGUGAAAAGGCCUGCGAGGGAGGUGGCAGGUAGAGCGUUGAUGCAGCCGCCACCCUUUGCAUCGCCUGCCAGCAGCACCAUGUCAAACAAGCUGGCAAACGGUGCAGCAAGCACAACCUCCCACUCCUCAUCCUCCUCCUCCUCCUCCUCCUCCUCCUCCUCCUCUUUGUCUCCUUCCUCGCUUCCGUCCAGCGGCUCCAAAGUGACGCUGCGGCGGACUCGCCAGCAGAUAGAGAAGACACCCCCAGAGAAGGUUAGCAAGGAGGCCCUGCUGGAGUGCGCAAAGAGUCUGAGCAGCACCCUCCACUGCAGAGUCGAAGCCCCCCUCAGCAACCAGCUUCUGGAAGCGGGCCACCAGCUGCUCAACUACUGCACGGCCUACGUAGACUGCAUCCCGCAGACGCGCAACAGGUUCGCCUUCAGGGAGGCGCUGGGGAAGCUGGAAUCGAGCCUGCAAGAGCUGCGAGCGUCUACGUCUGCCGGGGCCGCCGGGGGCGUGGGACCCAGCUCCGCCCUGGACAACUUGCACACUUGCGUCAAGGAAAUCAUCGAUGUGGUACAGAGGUAGCUGCCAGCACCCUGCGGGUGGCUUUACCUUAAAUGUCAAUGUGAUGGACAAGGAACUCAAGGGUACCUCAGAAAAGUGUACGAAUCGCACUGUUUACAGUUUGUUCGGUCUGUUUCUUCUAACGACGGGAGGGGAAUAUCGCUCCGUUCCUGCAGAAGAGCGUUUAUUUAUUAGAAAGACUCCGAUGUUAUACGAGACUUGUACAGGCGAUCCACUCCAUUUAACUUGUAUGAAUCUGUGUUUAUUUUGUAAAUUUAUUUAAAUUUAUUUAUUAAGUUUAGAUACAUCUUUGGAUUGCGUGGCUUCGAGCUGCUACGGAACAUGAAUAACUAGAAGGCGCUGCUUCUGCCACAUACAUUGGAAAGAAUAGGAGCUGGGUUCAGGAGAUUACUUUUUUUUUUAAACUACUUCUGGUUUGGCGUAUGACAAAACUGACCUGUAUUUUCCCCUCGCAACGGGAUUCCCUGGCACACGCCGCAAUCACGAGACAAAACCGUUCGACCGGAAGACGCGGAUGAGCCGAAAUCAACCGAGGGCCACUUCCCGAAAUCGUUUCAGCCUCAGAUUCAGUGACUGUUCGCAGCGAUGGUCAUUCAGUACGAAGUCGGUAAACUCGGUUAUUUUAACACUCGGGUGGUUUAGAGGAGGCGGACCCUAGGUUGACGGGACCCGAACGUGCCGCCGCUUUAGGCCUUCCGAAAUCUUUCCGUUUUCUUGUUUUUGUUUUGUU